AUGGUAGGCGUUGGAAUGUUCAUGGAUAUCCUGGACACCGUAGAGCCACUCCUCCAGGAUGCAAAUUCCAGAGCUUUAUUUGAUCUCCAAAAGUGCAAGCUUCUCGGAAAGUUUAUCAAAACAAGACGAUCACCAGCAUGGCCCACAAUCCCCACUCACAACUUACCCCCCAAAGACUUAGCAGAUACUCUUGUUGGCAUUUACCUCCGCACAUUCGAGGCCUGCACUCGAGUCUUCCACAUCCCAACCUUCAAACGGGACUACGAAGCACUCUGGGCGGCGCGGGCGCCCCCUGACAUGGCAUUCGUCAUCCAACUCAAGUUGGUCCUCGCCAUCGCCGCGCCCAUGUAUGACGACGAGUUCUCGCUCCGCGCGUCCGCAAUCCACUGGAUCUACGAAGCACAGACAUACAUCUCAGAGCCAGACUUCAAGGCCCGUCUGAGCCUCCCGCAUCUCCAGACCAUUAUCCUGCACUUCAUGGCACGCGAGGUCGUCGGCGUAGAAGGCGGCCUGAUCUGGAUCUCCGUGGGCGGUCUCAUCCGCACCGCGGUGUACAUGGGCCUCCACCGAGACCCCGUCAACCUGCCCAUGCGCAGCAAUUUUGUCUGCGAAAUGCGCCGUCGAUUAUGGAACACGAUCCUGGAACUUGCGCUGACCACGUGCAUGGCGGCCGGUGCACCCCCGCUUCUCUCCCUGGAUGACUUCGAUACGAGCCCGCCCGGCAACUUGGACGACGAGGAUCUGGCGAGUCCUGACCCGAUUGCCAAACCGCUGAAUCAGCCGUCGCAGAUGAGUAUCGCGCUGGCGCUGCGCAGCAUGUUCCCAGUGCGGCUGGCGAUUAGCGAGAUGCUCAAUGGGAUCGGGAGGCAUGCGACCUACGAAGAGACGAUCCGGUUGGAGACGGAGCUCAGGCGGCAGUACAAAGGGAUUAGCAAGACGAUGCAGGCGUUUGACGGGGACAGCGCUUCCCUGCCGAAUAAGUUCCAGACUCAAGCGUUGGACUUUCAAUUCCGGCGGAGCUUGUUGGCGCUGCAUACGGCUUUUUUUGUGCCGGCUUUGACACAGGAACGGUAUGCGUUUUCGCGGAGGGUUGUUGUUGACACUGCGACCCAGAUUUGGGCUGCUGCAAGGCCGCGGUCUGGGCUGGUUCUGUCCCAUCUGCGGGAUAGCGUUUCUGAUGAUUAUGUACGAUUGGCGAAGAAUGGACAUGGGACGCUGCGUCAGAUUGCGCUUUCGGCAGUCCUUCUUCUGGCUGGAGAGCUCAAGGCCCAGAUCAAGGAAGAUGAUUCGCUGGGGCCUGUGGUUCUGCGACGUGACUUUCUGGAUAUCCUCGACGAUGCCAUUGAGUGGCAAUGGGAAACUAUUGAGGCUGGGGAAGUGAAUACGAAAGGGUUCCUGUUCUUGAAGCUUGUCAAGGCGCAGAUCAGCGGGUUCAUGGAGGGUCUUUCGAGGGAUCAGUUUGCACCGCGGUACGUCCGGGCGGCGGAGGAAGCGGAGGAGCGGUGUUUGGCUUUUCUGGAAUCGCAGGUCGGGCUAGAGCAGGAAGAUCUCAGAGCGGAUUUGCAGGGGAUUAAUGAGAUGUCGGUGAACUCUUUUCCGGACUUUAUGGAUUUUGAUUUUUCGAUGAACUAUCCGAUGGCCUUCGAUCUUGAUAUGACGGACCCGAAGGCUUGGCUGGGGGGCAUUGAUUGA